AUGCACAUCGUCGUCCUCCCCGCUCUCGUCGCAGCACUGGUGCUCUGCACCGCCAACGCCAACGCCAACGCCAUAACGAAUCCAGACACCUAUGCAAAUGCAAACCCUAGCAGCACCGCCGUUACGCCAAAAUUGACGCCGACGCCGACGCUGAGUAUAGCCCCGACGUGCGAGGCCCGGACGGUGAACUACAUCACGGAUGUGCUGCCGCAGCAGUGUCUGAAGAGCUCAUGGAGGAGCACGAACGGGACGGCGAGGGGUACGGAGGGAGCUGGGGGUGGGAGUGGGAAUGGGACGCAGACUAUCGGAGGGAAUGCCAUAAGUAGUGUUGCUGGCCAGGAAGUGCCGCAGAGUACCGACGCGCCAGGAAGGACAAGCUCGGUGGAAGUGGCGGAUGCAGCGGCAGCAGCAGCGGAUCUCGAGACGGGGGAACUGAACGAGGCUUCCUUCUUGUCUUUUGAAGAGUGGAAGAAGCAGACCCUCGAGAAAGCCGGGCAGGCGAACGCGAAUAUCGGCGGCAAGCGCAAUUCCGAGGCCAGGAAGCGGGAUUCCGAGAGUCUCCAGAACAACCUGGACUCUCUAGGCGAAGAAGGAGAAAUCGAUUUGGAUUUCGGGGCCUUUAGAAGUGGAGGAAGAGAAGAGGCUAUGAAUGAAGGGGUCCGGGACCAGGCGCAGGACAAUGUCGUAGUGGAGGAGCGCAAGAAUGAGCAUUAUCGCAGCAAGGACGCAGGCAAGACGUGCAAAGAGCGGUUCUCGUACGCCAGUUUUGAUGCCGGCGCUACGAUCCUGAAGACGCAUCCAGGCGCGAAGAACUCCAAAGCGGUCUUGAUUGAGAACAAGGACUCGUAUAUGCUGUCGGAGUGCAAGGCGGAGAACAAGUUCAUUAUCAUUGAGCUUUCUGAAGAUAUCUGGAUUGAUACUGUGGUGCUCGCCAACUAUGAGUUUUUCUCGAGUAUGAUUAGGACUUUCAGGGUUAGUCUCAGUGACCGCUAUCCAGUAAAGAUCGAUAAGUGGAAAGAUGCUGGGACAUACGAGGCUCGAAACUCGAGAGAGAUCCAAGCCUUCCUCAUCGCUAAUCCUCAGAUCUGGGCGAGGUACAUCCGCAUUGAAUUCCUGAGCCACUAUGGCAACGAAUACUACUGCCCUCUCUCACUUGUCCGAGUUCACGGAACCCGGAUGCUGGAAAGUUGGAAAGAGACGGAAGAAGUUGAAACUGGAGAGGAAGAGCAGUUUGUUCCUGAUGCUGUGGCCGAGGUAGUGCAGAUUACUGAGAAGCAGAAAGCUGCUGGUGAGAAGGUGGCCUGGCCAGCCGAUCCGUCUCUCGAGACGACGCACGAUGGUGCUGGGAACUCUUCUCAGGAGACCUUGGUGGUAGCCACGACGACCUGGGAGCAGUCUGGAGCUCGCAUCUUCAGGAAUUCAGAUUUAGAUGAUACUUGCCAUACAUCUGAAAGUCCAGUUCCAGAACCUGCUCAGACAGCGACUGUCUCUGCAACAAACUCCACAACUGCGUUAACCCAGCCGACCAUCCCAGGGGCUAUUCCCGUAUCCCUCAAUGCCACCACGGCAACUGUGCCAUCUAUUGCCUCUCAUACUCCCGAAUCGGGAGCGGCCCAGAAUGCUAUCUCCAAAACCUCUUCAGCUGCAUCCUCAAGCAUCGCGGCGAAACCUACAUCUGAUCCUCCAAUCCCUCCACCACCAUCAGCAUCCACCCAAAAAAUAACCACCAACUCUACCACCUCCAAGAACAAAACAACCACUACCUCCUCCGCCGCCGCUUCCCUCCCCACUAUCCAAGAAUCCUUCUUCAAAGCCGUCUCCCGGCGCCUCAACUUUCUAGAGACAAACUCUACCCUCUCCCUAAAAUAUAUCGAAGAGCAAUCGCGGAUCCUCCGUGAAGCCUUUACCAAAGUCGAGAAGAAGCAACUGCAAAAAACCACGACCUUCCUAGACGCUCUCAAUAGUACCGUUCUCGACGAACUACGUCAAUUCAGACAGCAGUACGACGAGAUCUGGCAGAGCACCGUCAUCUCCCUAGAGUCGCAGCGCGACGAGUCCCGUCGUGAGAUCUUGGCCAUCAGCUCUAGGCUUAACAUUCUGGCCGAUGAAGUCGUGUUCCAAAAGCGGAUGUCGAUUGUGCAAUCCGUGCUUUUGCUCCUCUGCUUGGCUCUAGUUAUCUUCUCAAGGGUGUCAGCGGGCACAAAUAUCGAAUUACCGACUCUGCUACAUAAUAGAUUGCGAGUCUCCUCUCCGUUCCCAAUUGAGAGCCCGCUGGAGAGUCCCGGUGAGCGGGAGGGGAACAGGAGGGCCUGGUUAGAUGCCGGGCACAGGGGGCGGUUGGAAGAUGAGGUGCCGCCGACGCCCUUUUCGGCGUAUUCUCAUGAAAGUGAGCAGCCGGUUACGCCUCCGUCGGCUGAGGGCGGGGAGGAUGUCCAGAAUCAUACCCAUGGCUCAGGCGAACUCCUCCCUAGUACAGAAGGGCAUCUCGACUCAGCACAGUCUUCGCAGAAUCAUACGCCAGCUCAACGCACACCGCCGAACACGUCAUACCCCGACCUGCCUAUAAUAGAAAUCCAUAACUCGACACCAAUUCGCCGUCAACGCUCCUCGUCCCUUCUAUCUCAGAUAGACUUGGAUUCGUACGCCGAGCUGGAACCACCGCCACCCUCGCGGCCGAUGCCUUUCCACCUGCCCUCGCCACCACCCGAUGUCCCUCCCAGCCAGGCAUCAGAAAUCCAGCUUGCAUCGCAGGAGAACAGCGAGCCCUUCAUAACCUCCCCGCCAUCGCCCAAGCCGGAACAUGAACGCCAGCGGAAGCACAGCUUCAACAUUGCGCGGAAACCGCUCCCUGCGCUACCGCCGGGUGCUUGA